CAACUGCAUAUGGACCAGUACCCCUCGCCCUGACAUAAAGAUAUCACUAGGCAACUCUGUUAGCUUCGAGUUCGUCCACAGUCACUUGACGCGGGAAAAUUGUUCAAGAAGCGAGUCUUAAGAGUUCUGAUUCAUGGAAUGCGACUUUAUUGCCCUGAAAAUGCGUAUUCCAUCGCCAACUUUUCGACGCCUCUUUCCUCCCAAUCGCCCGAGUUCCGUUUCUUCAGUGAAGUUGCUCGAUAUGCCCCAUAAAAGUUCAGCUUUAAAGUUUUUUUCUUUUCGUGUAAACUUUUCAUUUUGUGCUUGUCUUAAUGCUAUUGAAUCUGACCCCACAAAUGGUUUCGCUCUUACUGAUACCCCAAGCUCACCGUCUCGCCUGGAGGAGGUUAAUGGAAAGAUUUCCAGAAAGUUUUUAAGCCCGAAUUGGCCUAAUUUGUCAUUAAGUGAUCAAACUGAAGGAAUUGAAAUGAUGAAACCUUUGAGCUUUACAGUAAAGGAAGCAUUAAAGCGAUAUUCUGGGAUGUUGCGUGAGUGUGCUUCAAGAAGAACACUAAAUGAGGGAAAGGGAGUUCAUGGGAACGUGAUUAAAAGCGGGAUAGAGCCAGAUUCACAUUUAUUAGUUUCUUUGAUUAAUUUUUACGUGAAGUGCGGGAGCCUAGUGUUAGCACGCAAGGUGCUUGACGAAAUGUCUGAAAGAGAAGUUGUGUCGUGGACUGCGUUAAUUGCUGGAUAUGCAAGUGAAGGGUGUGCAACUGAUGGCGUUAGCCUUUACUGCGAAAUGAGAAAGGAAAAUAUAAGACCCAAUGAGUUUGCCUUGGCCACCGUUUUGAAAGCAUGCUCCAUGUCUUUGGACAUAGAGUUUGGGAAACAGGCUCAUGCAGAAGCAAUAAAAGCGGGAUUCUUGCUGGAUUUAUUUGUUGGUUCUACUCUUGUUGACCUUUAUGCCAAGUGUGGUGAGAUAGAACUUGCUGAUAGAGUUUUCUUUGGGAUGCCGGAUAAGAAUGACGUGUCAUGGAAUGCUUUGCUUAAUGGUUAUGCUCAAAGGGGUGAUGGAGAAGCGGUUUUGAAGUUGUUUUCUUGGAUGACAGAGUGUGAAAUGAAAUUUAAUAAAUUCACUUUAUCUACAGUGUUAAAUGGUUGUGCAAACUCAGGGAAUUUGCGAGAAGGGAAGAUUUUGCAUUCUUUGGCUAUCAGGAGUGGGUGUGAACUAGAUGAAUUUCUGGGUUGUAGUCUUGUUGAUAUGUACUCCAAGUGUGGGGCGACAUAUGAUGCACAAAUAGUGUUCAGCAGGAUAACUGAUCCUGAUAUAGUGACCUGGAGUGCUAUGAUUGCGGGCCUUGAUCAGCAGGGCCAUAGCCAAGAAGCAGCUGAGCUAUUUCAUCUGAUGCGAGAUACAGGAGUUAAACCUAACCAAUUUAGCCUUGCUACUGUUGUUAGUGCUGCUACAAAUAUGGGUGACCUGUGUUUUGGUCAAAGCAUCCAUUCUUGUAUACACAAAUAUGGGCUUGAAUCUGAUAAUUCAGUUGGCAAUGCACUGAUCAUGAUGUACAUGAAAAGUGGAUGCGUGCAAGAUGGUAUCCGGGUUUUUGAAGCAAUGACUGAUCGGGAUUUGGUUUCAUGGAAUGCCCUUUUAUCUGGUUUCCUUGGCCUUGAAACUUGUGAUCAAGGGCUGAGAAUUUUCUACCAGAUGCUUGUGGAAGGUUUCAAGCCCAACAUGUACACAUUUGUGGGCGUUUUAAGGUCUUGUGCUAGCCUUUUGGAUGUGUGCUUUGGAAAGCAAGUGCAUGCACAUAUCAUAAAGAACAGCCUUGAUGGUAAUGAUUUUGUUGGAACAGCUCUUAUUGACAUGUAUGCAAAAAGCAGAUGCUUAGAAGAUGCAGAUGUAGCUUUCAAUAGAUUAACAAACAGGGACCUUUUCACUUGGACAGUCAUUAUUACUGGUUUUGCACAAAGUGAUCAAGCAGAAAAGGCUGUUAAGUACUUAGGUCUGAUGCUAAGAGGGGGUAUAAAGCCGAAUGAGUUCACUCUUGCCAGCUGUUUAAGUGGAUGCUCCAGUGUAGCAGCCUUGGGAAAUGGACAGCAGCUCCAUUCUGUGGCAAUAAAGUCUGGGCAUUUCGGCGAUGUGUUUGUUGCAAGUGCACUUGUUGAUAUGUAUGGGAAAUGUGGGUGCAUAGAAGAUGCUGAAGCCAUUUUUAAGGGCUUGUUUUCACGGGACACAGUCUCGUGGAAUACAAUUAUAUCUGGAUACUCACAACAUGGGCAAGGGAAGAAGGCUCUUGAAGCCUUUAGGCUGAUGUUAGAUGAAGGCAUUGUACCUGAUGAGAUCACUUUCAUAGGGGUUCUUGCUGCAUGUAGCUACAUGGGUUUGGUUGAGGAGGGGAAAAAGCUUUUUAACCUGAUGUGCAAAGAUUAUGGGAUUACUCCUUCAAUUGAGCAUCAUGCUUGUAUGGUUGAUGUUCUUGGUCGGGCUGGCAAAUUCAAUGAGGUUGAUAUUUAUAUUGAGGAAAUGAAGCUAAGCCCAUAUUCUUUGAUCUGGGAGACAGUUCUUGGGUCAUGUAAAUUGCAUGGGAAUGUCGACUUUGGUAAACGAGCCGCUGAGAAACUCUUUGAACUUGAACCCAAGAGGGAUUCGAGUUAUAUAUUGCUAUCAAACAUUUUUGCAGCGAGAGGUAGGUGGGAUGACGUUAGAAAUAUCAGGGCUUUGAUGACUACUCAGGGUGUUAAGAAAGAGCCUGGGUGUAGUUGGGUAGAGGUUGAUGGUCAAAUCCAUGUCUUCACAUCUCAAGAUGGUUCCCAUCCGAAAACAAGGGAAAUAUAUGCUACAUUGGAGGAGUUGGGACAAAAAUUGGCUUCAAUAGGUUAUAUACAAACAGAAAACGUGCUCCAUAAUAUCGGUAACAAAGAAAAAAUGGAACAUCUCUACUAUCAUAGUGAAAGAUUGGCUCUUGCUUUUGCCUUCAUAAGCACCAAUCCAAUUAAACCAAUCCGGAUUUUAAAAAAUCUUCGUAUAUGUGGGGAUUGCCAUGAUUUUAUGAAACUCAUCACAGACCUCACAAAUCGUGAAAUAGUUGUCCGUGACAUCAAGCGUUUCCACCAUUUUAAGAGAGGUACUUGCUCUUGCCAGGAUCAUUGGUAAUUUUGCUCUAGAGGUAUGUAGUGAGAUGGACAGAAGGUUCACCUCAUGCGAUCCAGCUCUUCCAAGUCCCGGAACACUAUUUGUUGCCACACUUAUUGGAUCUGUUGCAGGGCCUGCUGAAAUCAGUGCUUGCAGAAUUUUUCCUCAUGAUCUGCUGCUGAAAUUACUUCUGAAAGAAUCACAGUACAGGUUCAUCCAUAUGAAGCCACGUGGGUUAUAAAGUGAUUUAUUCCUGGAGCGUGCCUGUUCGAGGUUCAUUCCUAAUGCUGCAAUCAAGUUUAAAGGUGACCAGUGUGGGAAUUUUGCGGCUAUAAUUGGAAAGUGCUGUGCACUUUUCAGUUAUGAUGGUCAAGAUGAACUAUUUGUUGCCACCUUUCAGUCCUUAUUUAAGCUUCGGUUUAUGCAGGGAAGAUGGGAAGCAUGAACAACCUGCUGCCAACAGUUUUUUUUUGUUUCGAUAAAUUUUUCUGUUGUAUAGAAAGUAUAUAUUUUCUACUUGGGUGAUGCAAAUUUAGGAAAAUCACACCCUAAAA